GAGCGCGGAAGUGGCCAAAAAAUCUAAGGGCAGAAAACCAAAAUCGGGAAAUCAUAAGAACGCGAUUUUUGUUGAAUGGCCGCUAUAUAGUUGUCUGUGUGUGUGUGUGUGUGAAUGUUUGUGUAAGAAGUUCGUCGGCAACGACGACGUAAAAUAGUGAAGCAUAAAGGCCAAGUGAAGAAAAUAUAAGAACAUAAAACCCAAAACAACAACAACGUGCCGGAGUCUCGUUGUGUGUUUGUGUUUGUUUUAGCCCUUCGUCUACCUUGACUGCUACCUGCGAAUUUGUUAACUUUAUUGCUGUUGCCCCUUGCGUGCCGUGAAUUCAAGCAACAACAACAUGUUUGAGUAAAUGUAAGUGCUAAAAGUGAAACUUUCAUUUUUGACAAACGGCGAUGUGCGACACGUGAUAAGGCCGUCGAAACAACAAUCUUAGCUAUCAAAGAGCACUACAAACAAACUUAAUUGGAGGUGGAAUAAAAACCGGAGAGAACAAUGACAAUUACGUACACAGGUGAAGUGGCCACUUGUCGCGGCUUUGGCUGUUUUCUUAAAUUGCUGCUCAGAUGGCGAGGAAGCAUUUACAAGCUGGUCUGGUUGGAUCUUCUGGCCUUUCUGACCAUUUACUAUGCGAUCAAUAUGGUGUAUCGUUUUGGCCUCAACCCUACACAAAAAGAAACCUUUGAGGCCAUUGUUCAGUACUGUGAUAGUUAUAGAGAACUCAUACCCCUGUCCUUUGUGCUGGGUUUCUAUGUAUCGAUUGUGAUGACGCGUUGGUGGAACCAGUACACCUCCAUUCCCUGGCCAGAUCCCAUUGCCGUAUUUGUCAGCUCCAAUGUUCAUGGACAGGACGAACGGGGACGAAUGAUGAGGCGCACGAUUAUGCGUUAUGUGUGCCUUUGUUUGACCAUGGUCCUGGCGAAUGUUUCGCCGAGAGUGAAGAAGCGUUUUCCGGGUCUCAGUAAUCUGGUGGAAGCGGGUCUGCUCAAUGAUAAUGAAAAGGCCAUCAUCGAGACGAUGAACAAGGCCUUUCCCAGACCCUCGAAGCACUGGCUGCCAAUAGUUUGGGCGGCUAGUAUUAUUACUAGAGCGAGAAAGGAGGGACGCAUUCGUGAUGACUUUGCUGUGAAGACUAUCAUCGACGAACUGAACAAAUUCCGGGGUCAGUGUGGUCUCCUCAUCAGCUACGAUACGAUCAGUGUACCCCUGGUUUACACACAAGUGGUGACCCUCGCGGUCUACUCGUACUUCCUUACCUGCUGCAUGGGUCAGCAAUGGACAGAUGGAAAGAUGGUGGGCAAUACCACGUACCAGAACAAGGUGGACCUGUACUUUCCUGUCUUCACAACGCUGCAGUUCUUCUUCUACAUGGGAUGGCUCAAGGUGGCCGAGUCACUUAUCAAUCCUUUCGGCGAGGACGAUGAUGAUUUUGAGGUCAACUGGAUGGUGGAUCGCAAUCUGCAGGUUUCCUAUCUGAUCGUCGACGAGAUGCAUCAUGACCAUCCUGAGCUGCUGAAGGAUCAGUAUUGGGACGAGGUGUUCCCCAACGAGCUGCCCUACACAAUAGCUGCCGAGAGAUUCCGGGAGAAUCACCCAGAACCGUCCACUGCCAAGAUCGAGGUGCCCAAGAAUGCGGCCAUGCCCUCGACCAUGUCGUCUGUGCGCAUCGAUGAAAUGGUUGGUAAUACUAGUGGUGACCCCGCCGUCGCGGAUACGAAGCUCACGGUCCCGGGUUCGGGUCCGGGUCAGGCACAGAAUCCUGUUCCUGCUCCUGUUCCGGAAUCCGGCGUCCAGUCCGUUACUUAUGACUUUCCCAAGGGCUCGCCAGAUGAGGAGGCUGAUGAUGCCAGUGGCAUACACUUCUCAGCUGGCAAUGGCAAAAUGCGCCUGGGUUCUUCGCCUUCGCUUGUGAGCGUUUCGGGCACUUUAUCCCGGGUGAACACGGUGGCCUCGGCCCUCAAACGCUUCCUGAGUCGCGAUGACAGCAGGCCGGGAUCGGCCACACCCAGUCAGGAUCAGCCCUACAAGUUCCCAGCCAGCGCCAGUUCGGCGAGUCUCUCGGGUGGAAUUGUGGGACCGGCUACGUCGGCAGGAAAACCAGCUGGAAGUCUGAGGAUCACGCAGCAAGUCAUCGAGGAGGUGGAUGAGCAGGCCACCAUCACAUCCAUGCGGGCCAAUGAACCGCGGCCCAACGUGAUGGACAUCUUUGCAUCGCCGUCGGGAGCAGCGAAUUCGGUGCCGCUCCAGCCACCACCCGCCCAAUCGGAUCCGGUGGACAUACCGACUCGUCCCCCAUCCUACAAUCGCGCCCAGUCCCAGUACGAGUCCAGUCUCUUCCCGCCGGGCGGAGUGGAUGCCCUGCUCAGUACUUCGGCGCCAGCGGGAGGCAGUCCACUGCUCCUGUCCAAUGCAGCCACUGCACCCAGUUCCCCGGUGGGUGAGAGCUCCAAGUCCCUGUACGAUCCCCAAAAGGCCGCCAGCCGGGAGACGGAGAGGCCCGAUGCACCGCAGGUUUUCAGGUGGUUCGUCACGCCCGUGGAGAACAUGGACCUGAGGUCCUCCAGCGAUCUUCUGGCUGCGCAGCCCGUGGACGAGGGUGAUGAUUUCGAUAAGCUGAAGGCAGAGCGCGAGAAAGAGAAACUGAUGCGCCAGCAGAAGAAUCUGGCCCGAACCAUCAGCACCGCUCCGGGAAUGGAAGCCACGGCUGUGCCGCUGGUGCCAAUUGUCCCAGUUAAUGUGGCAGUGCCCCAAGCCCAACUGCCAGCGGUGGCAUCCAGUGCCGAUCUUCUGGUCGGCGGAGAAGUCCUGUCCAAUUCGACGAUGAAGUCAGAGGACGCCGUCAACGGAAGUUGAAGGAGACCUAGUAUUUUGUUUCGUACACUUACUUAGAUUAAGUUUAGAGCAUUAUUUAAUUUACCUAAGCUGCUAAGCUAAUUUACCUAUACAAUACGUAUGAAUGUGCCGCUGACAUUGAAACAACGCAGAGUUACGGACACUUUAAGAAUGCUCAUAACGUCUAAACGAGCUCGAGUGAUGAAGGACCUAAUUAACGCAGUUAAUAACACAAUUACUAAUAUCUAAGUAGAACGUUUUUGAAUUUUACAAAUAUAAGUUAUUUUGUAAAUGGUUCACA